UGUGAGUUUGUAAAAACAGAUUAGAAGAGGAAAUUGAAAAAGAAAGAAAGAAAAAGAAUGGGUCUGAAAUCAAAUUUGUUAGUUCUGGUGAUGGUUUUUGGUGCUUUGGGAUCAGCUCCAUUAAUGGCGGAAGCUCAGUUUAAUAUUAUCGGGAGUCUCCUUAAACUUAUCAACAUCCAAGGAACUGUCUUUUGCACUGCCGAUGGCAACAUUGGCACCAACGCCACUUCCACCCCUGUUUUCCCGAACGCACUAGUGCAAUUGCAAUGUGGAAAUGGAAACAUUGUAUCAACUACAACAACAAACAAUGGGGGAAUCUUUUCGAUGUUUUUGAAUCCUGUACAAUUUGUUCUUUCCUCACUCUUAAGCAAUUGCAACCUCGUAGUGAAGACUCCAAUAUCCGAUUGUAAUGCAACGUUACCAUCUACUGGAUUUCUAACGUCCUCACUGCAAUUCCUUGGAAGUUUUGUGCAAGAUGGCCUCAUGCAGAUCAUGAAAGUAGCCCCCAACCCAUUCACAUUCAUUCCAUCUCCUUAAAAUGCAAGCUAUGGGCUAAAUAUAUUCACCAAAGGGAGAAAGGAAUAACAAGAAAGUAUAGUACUUAUUUGAAUUUUUAGUACUUGUAAUGUAUGAGUUCUCUUUCAAAAUUGAUUGAGUACUUAUGUUGUUUGUUGUCGUGUUUAUGCAUGUUUGUUUUCGUUCAUUCCAAAAAUAAAAGAUCGUGUGCUUGUUGUUCUUAUAGUUAUUUCAAGGACGUGAAGUCAAGGUAAAACUGUUGUAAUUUAAAAGAUACAUACAAUAUUUAUAUAUAUUGUUUGUUUGUGUGUGAA